AUGAAAUUUGAAAGAACUUUCAAAUGGGCAAGUCACAUCAAAAUCCUUGACUUUAAGCACCGCGACGUAUUGGAAUAUGCCAUAAGCGAGAAACGCAAAUCAGGAAAAUUGUUCUCCACCUCCAAUCCUGCUAUUAUUAAAUCCAAAGAAAAACGCGAGGAACUCGUCAAGAUCAUGGAAAUUGAAGAUUUCUUCCAAAACUACACCAGUUUUAAUAUGACAAACGAAUUCAACAGAUUGAGAAACUCUAGAAUCAGCUUGGAGAACUACUUGGAAUUUAUCAUGAGCCAACAGCAUCUUAAGGAUAUCUUAAUCUACUUUAAGAUCCCAAAAGAUAUCUUUACAGAGUUUCCUCUUGAAAAACACUUGGAAUCCAUCAAAAACGGACUCACUAAGUUAUCCAAAGAACUUGACACUAUUACACAGUCAUCCAACGAACCAGAUAAGGAUUUGAUCAUAAUCAGGGAAAACUUAAAAGGGGCCCUCAACCACUUGGUUAUUUUUAAUAAGAAGAUCUGCCUUAACUCAAACUUCAUCCCAAACCCUCAGGAUACAGGCUCUGAUAUCUUCAAGAAGGACAGAAAUCUUUUAAUUGAAUAUCUUAACAUCCACCUUAAAGUUACAGUUGGAAAUUAUACCUACACGCCAGGGUCUUUGUUAAACACAAUGAAUAAGGAAUCCCAUUUAAUUGAGAUUGAAAUGAAUUCCGAGUUUACUGAAUUUAACCGGGAAAAACUUCUUGACCAUGUCUUCAAUGAAUCCGGAAUUGAUCCAUCAUCCUUCUUUCCAAUCAACACCGUUCACUUUACGGAAGAAGCUAGCAAAGCUGCCAGUAUUGUCACUUAUGGUUAUAUUGAAAUUGACUCAGGAAAAUCCCUUCCACUCUUCAAUGACAAAAAUUUCCGCUCCAGAGUCAUCACGAAAUGCGUCCACUGCACUGCAUGUGGUUCCCGUGAACACACUCGUUUUGACUGA